UCACACCUACUCGCAGAAACCAAGCAAGCUGACCAUGACGAUGAAGAGCGGCAUGGCCGUGGCUACUUCCAUCCUUCUCCUGCUCCUCGCCGGCCUCGCCGCCAUCCACGGCGAGGUGGACACCGCCAACAACAUCCGUCUCCCCAGCGACGGCAAAGCCGUGGGCCGUCCCGGUAAACCGUGGGGGAAAUGCUGCGACAACAUCGAGAUGUCCCCGCUGCGGAUCUUCCCUCCGUUGUACCGUUGCAACGACGAGGUCAAGCAGUGCGACGACGAGUGCAUGGAGUGCGUGGAGGCGCCGGGGGAUUUUCCUCGGGGCGCCUUCGUCUGCGGCGAUUGGUACCAGACGACUGACCCGGGUCCCUUGUGCACGAAGAGGCCGUGGGGGAAAUGCUGCGACAUGGCCAUCUGCACCAAGUCGUUGCCUCCGAUCUGCCGCUGCAUGGACAAGGUGAAGCAGUGCGCCGCCGCCUGCAAGAAGUGCAAGCGGGUGAAGUCGUCGGAGCCUCCUCGCUACGUCUGCCUCGACCAGUUCAAGGGCGAGCCUGGGCCCCAGUGCACAUCCGACACGCGGAACUAGCUACACAUGACCUACUCCGUCAAUAAAAUGCCGUAGCUGAUCGUUCGUUCGAUCAUUCAGCGUUGCUCCAUCUCCAUCUCCAUGCAUGCAGCUCGCUCUGUAUGUGCAUGCCCUGUGCGUAUGCAUGUUUGUGUCUACCGUACUUUUGUUCAAACUGUUUGUGUUCUCUCGCAUGCAUGUUUAUGUGUUGGGUAUGUGAUAAAUAAAAAGAUGAGUAAAUUACUCUUUGCACCA